GCUCAGCUCUGCAAACUCCGCUGCGCCUUGCGCCGCCAGUCACUUGGUCCCGCCGUUCCACUGCGCUGUCCCGGAGCGAGCCGCUCUCCUGCACGCCGAGUCCCAGAUGGCUUCCGUGACUGAUGGUAAAGCUGUAGUCAAAGAUGCUUCUGACCAGACUUUUGACUACAUGUUCAAACUGCUCAUCAUUGGCAACAGCAGUGUUGGCAAAACCUCCUUCCUCUUCCGCUAUGCUGAUGACACCUUCACCCCAGCCUUUGUCAGCACGGUGGGCAUUGACUUCAAGGUGAAGACAGUCUACCGUCAUGAGAAACGAGUGAAGCUGCAGAUCUGGGACACAGCUGGGCAGGAGCGGUACCGGACCAUCACCACAGCCUAUUACCGCGGGGCCAUGGGCUUUAUUCUGAUGUAUGACAUUACCAACGAGGAGUCCUUCAAUGCUGUCCAAGACUGGGCCACUCAGAUCAAGACCUACUCCUGGGACAAUGCACAGGUUAUCCUGGUGGGGAACAAGUGUGAUAUGGAAGAAGAAAGGGUUGUUCCCACUGAAAAGGGCCGGCUCCUUGCAGAGCAGCUUGGGUUUGACUUCUUUGAAGCCAGUGCCAAGGAGAACAUUAGCGUGAGGCAAGCCUUCGAGCGCCUGGUGGAUGCCAUUUGUGACAAGAUGUCUGAUUCGCUGGACUCAGACCCCUCUAUGCUGGGCACCUCUAAGAACACUCGUCUCUCGGACACCCCGCCACUGCUGCAGCAGAACUGCUCAUGCUAGGCAAGGCCCACCAACCCGAUCACCCCUUAUUGUGGCCCCACACUCACUCUGCUUUCCCCAGUUAUACUCUGUCCAUCCCUAAGCCCUGAGCCAGCUGAGUUGCUGCUGUUCUUUGCCUGCAGUGGAGGUGGAAGCAUGCCCCUGAGGUUCUCUGCAUGUGGCCCCACUUAUAGACACUCAGCACUAGACUAACAGCCAGGUCACAAAGUGGGUAGAGAUUCACUUUAUAAAAGAAGACUCCAUUUUACCAAGGGGAUUCGCUACAGGGACUUGGAGAGUGAAUUUCUUUUCUGCCUUUAAAAUAAGAUUUCCUCCAUCCACCAAAAUUUGACACACACCCACACACACACAUACACACUUUUCAGGUUCCUGGCCAACUGUAUAAAGUGAGGCCCACCUACACAGUUAAUCCUGUUAAAAAGAAAAACCU